AUGUGUCAAAUUGUUCAAGCUUUAGUGGACAAGUAUAAUGAGGAUCAUAAUCUUUUGGAGGAUCUUGCACACGAAUUCAAAGACGUUCUACACUACAAGUCAAUUUUUGAGAACCUGAAAUGUUACUAUCAUCUAAAUUUCACUACAAAGAUUAAAGGGUCUGGUCCAAAUGAAUGUAGCAUGGACAAUCUUUUCUUUGUGGAAGUGAAAUGUCACUGCUAUGGUUGCACCAGAUAUGGAGAUGUUGGUAUGAAGCACCCUAGCAGUUCUGUUGGAUACACUGCUGGUCACUUGAAUGUGGGUUUGCCAUUUGGAUACUUUGCAAAGUGGAAGAGGGACUAUGAGGAUGAGGAGGAUGAUGAUAAAUAUGUGAAAGCUAGGGAAGCUGAGCUAAGGCAGAUGUUCAAGGGCCUUGAUAAGCCAGGUGUCAUGAAGAAACUAUGCACUCCCCCUCCGUGGGCAACUAAAAGAAAAGCGCUGGAGUGA